AUGGCGAACAGCGGUCAUGCAAAUCUUACUCGGCGUCCCACAGAUUCAUCCCAACGCGAAACUCUUCGUCGUUGCCGGCUGAAGGAAGAGAAAGAGAAGGGUGGCGGCUUCUUCUGGUCGUUGUCGUCGGCGGAGCAGCAGCAGCGGUGGCACCAGUGUCUUCAACAACAAUGGAGACAACAACACCCGCCAGGUGGUCAUCUGUCGGCGACAAGAGCUAUUCGACUCGAUGGCGCUUCGGUUCCAACAUAG